AUGACGCUUCAUUUCGUUCAACUCACACUCGGCAACAAGACCUACAAGGACAAAGUCUCUACAGAAGGAUGUACUCAUGUCGCAGAGUUCAAAGGUGCUAUCAAGAACAAGUUCUCCCCGGACUUGGAUUCCUAUGCUCCUCACCACCUCACUCUCUUUCAACCCGAUGGAACCACCGAAAUUGACCCCGAGACUCUUGUCACUGACUUGGAAGAAAUCCCUUGGAAGCCAAUGGUGGUGACUGUGUUGGAAUUACCAAUACCAGCUCCUAUCGGCAGUUCCAAAAAACAGCUCACUUACAAGGGAAUGAGCACGGAAGCGUCUUGCAGAAAGUAUUUGGAUGCUCUUGCGAUUGAAAUCUACUUUGACUAUCAUUUUCCCACAACUUACAAGAAGCCUACGAUGGGUGAUGUGCUGGCUGCCAAGGAUGCUAAGCAAGGCAGACCGAGUCAAUUACGUGAUGAUACAGGACGACCUAUCCUCUGGUGGGACUAUAAGACGAAAGAUGGAAUCCAGCUUACUACCACACCACUUCCUUCUCGUCUUUCUGUUCGACAAUGGGAUAGAUUGAAAUCGCUCAAUUGUGAUACUAAUGACAGAAUUCAUGAUGCCCAACUACCUAAGACUAGCUCUCAAAAGCCAUUCGUUGUUCUUCCUCAUACAAAGUUUACUACAAAAGAGUAUGUUGAUGACUUGCAGAGUAUUGCAGCGAUUUUCCGUAUUGUCACUGAUAAAGAUGAACUGAUUGUGAAGGAUGAGUCGGACCUUUCAGCAAGCUCAAGCUCGGAAUCUGGGUCGCCUGACAAGGAAAAGAAAAUGUAG